UUCGUUGUACAGGUUAGUUUUUCUCUUUCAAAUCAUAGGUCUGGAGACGAAAUUGUACUUCUUAUUGUGCCGUGCCCACAGACAUGUUUUAUUAUUGCAUAUGAAUGUUAUUUUGUUUGCAAGUUAUUGCUGUGUGGAGAUGUCGAGCAAAACCCUGGGCCAACUGUUGAUGAAAUGUUUCACGAGCUCUUGAAGGGACAAUCUGAUAUCCGAGCAGAACUUCGACUAUCACAGUUGAAACCGGUUGACCUUGAGAAUCGCAGUCGCCGGAAUAAUCUUCUUGUAUUUGGUAUCAGCGCUGCUGGGAGUGAAUCUGAAGCAGAGCUACGUGAAAAGGUAGUGAAGGGCAUAUUUCAUGAUCGAUUAGGGGUGAAAUGCACGACAAUUGCGCGGAUUCAUAGAUUAGGCAAGCCGGUAUCAAGCAGACGUCCUGUUAUACUUUUUUUCCAAGAUUAUACGGAAAAGCAAGCUGUGUUGCGUCAAGCACAUAAGCUGAAGGGAACCAAAAUUUAUCUUCAAAACGACUACUGUCCUGACACACUCCGCAAAAGAAAACUGCUAUGGGCAACUGCAAAAGCAGACAGAGAAAGCGGUAGCAAGGUUGCUCUUGUUCACGAUAAGCUUCGUAUUGAUCACACCUUUUUCUGUUGGGACGACUCGCUUAAUGCGCGUAGGAAAGUGUCACAUGAGAGUGCCGUAGGGAAUCCCAGCUAGCAAUUAGGGGAGCACCAACUUCGUUUGCUUUGCUUCAAUGCACGGAGUAUAACAAAUAAAAUUGAAAAGUUGGAAAAUAUUUUGCUCACGCACGAUCCUCAUGUCUGUGUGAUAACAGAGUCUUGGUUACAUGAAGCCAUUGGCGAUAGCGAGAUAGUUCCGCCGAACUACCAACUUUUUCGAUGUGAUCGUGGUCAUCGGGGCGGUGGAGU